CCGGUUCCUUUGCUGAAGCUGAAUUUGUGGGCAUUUGCGGGGAGGCGAGGCCCCCUGAAAGCUGAGAAGGAAAAGCCAAAGAUUAGUCUCACGAUACCUUGUGGGAAAGAAAUCCAGAGGACAAAAGGGAAGGAGAAAUGGCCAGUUCUCAGGGACAGCUGGCCUUCAGGGAUGUGGCCGUAGAACUCUCUCAGGAGGAGUGGGGAUGCCUGACCCACACUCAGCGGCGACUGUACAGGGAUGUAAUGUUGGAGAACUACGGACACCUCUGCUUCUUGGGUCUCACUGUGUCAAAGCCAGACCUGAUCACUGUUUUGGAGCAAGAGAAGCAGCUCUGGGAUGUGGAGAGAAAGGAGAGCGCAGGCUUCCAUCCAGGAGACAGUCCUCACAAGGAUAAUGAAUGUGGGAAAGCUCAUAACCAGUCUUCCAGUGUUGCUGAUCAUCAGAGAAUUGAUGAGGGAAAAAGCCCUUUCACAUCUAAUAAACCAGGGACCAUGUUUAGUCAGUCAUCAAGACCAAAUAGAAACAAGAUAAUUCCUAGGGGCAAGAAAACUUGUAUUUCUAAGGAAUGUUGUAAAUCCUUUGACUGGCACUCGACAUUAUCUCAGUUCCUGCAAAUAUGCAAAAUAUGUAAAUGCAAGGAAUGUGGUAAAACUUUUAAGGACCCUUCAUCAGUAAAGGGACAUAAGCCAAUCCAUACUGGAGUGAAACAGUACAAAUGGGCAAAGAGUGUGAAAGCGUCUACAUUGCCCUCCACCCUUCCUGGAAGUCACCAAACUCCUACUGGAGAGAAACGUUACCAAUGUGAAGUAUGCGGCAAGACCUUUAAGUGGCGCUGCGACCUUACUCAGCAUCACCGAGCUCAUACUGGAGAGAAACCUUACCAAUGUCAAGAAUGUGGCAAGGCCUUUAAGUGGCGUUCAGACGUUACUCGACAUCACCAAGUUCAUACUGGAGAGAAACCUUACCAAUGUCAAGAAUGUGGCAAGGCCUUUCACCGGAGCUCAGGGCUUAGCCAACAUCACAUAAUUCAUACUGGAGAGAAACCUUACCAAUGUCAAGAAUGUGGCAAGGCCUUUAUGUGGCCUUCCCAGCUUACUCAACAUCACCGAAUCCAUACUGGAGAGAAACCUUACCAAUGUCAAGAAUGUGGCAAGGCCUUUCACCGGAGGUCAUUGCUUACUGUGCAUCACAGAAUUCAUACUAGAGAGAAACCUUACAAAUGUAAAGAAUGUGGUAAGGCCUUUAACCAAACUUCAGCCCUUACUCAACAUCACCAAAUUCAUACUGGAGAGAGUCCUUACCAAUGCCAAGAAUGUGGUAAAACCUUUAACAAGUGCUCACACCUUGAUCAGCAUCACAGAAUUCAUACUGGAGAGAAACAUUACAAAUGCGAAGAAUGUGGCAAGGCCUUUUACCAGCGCUCACACUUGAGUAACCAUCAUAGAAGUCAUACUGGCAAGAAACUUUAAAAAUGUAAAGACUAGGACUAAGGAUUGUAAAACCCUUACAUCACAGACCUUGCAUCCGAUAUAACUAGAGAAUAACUAUACACAUGUAAAGAAGUCCACCCUCUCUCUCCCUGAAACUCACAUCGUAGUUAUCAUAUGGGAGCAACAUGGUAAAAUGUGAUGAAUGUGGUGAGACUUUUAACUGGAAUUCAGUCUAUACUCAAUGUCCCAAAAUGCACACUAGAUUUAAAUCCUAGAAUCAUGAUGAUUGUGGAAAGACCUUCAUUUUAAUUUACAUGUUCACAAACACAGAAAGUGCUAAAGAAGGUAAAUUGAUUCAUACAAAUAAUUAGAAAACUCUCUGAACAUCUAAUGACAAUAAAUGUCACAGAUAUCAAGUAAAAGGAGUGUAUCAGUUCCUCUAUUCAGACAGUACUCAUUAGUCCAAGGAAAAAGAUCAAGUUAAACACUUGGAAAAUGCAUAUGCUGUUACGUUGGAAAGAUUCAGUGGGGGAGUUUUUACAAGGGUACACUUAGUUUCGAUGUGCAUUUUGUUACAUUGUGCCUUUUUGAGGUUUGUGACCAACAAAUAUUAAUGUAUUUUAUUCUCAAAUCACUUCUGGAGAUUGACUUACUCGUACUGGGUGUAUGAAUCCGUGAGCCUGAUUUUUGCUCCAUCAAUGGCAAUCGAUGCCCUGCUGCAUCCGGGGGGACUCACGCAUCUCAAAUUUUCCUUGGAAGAUGAGAACUGUGUAAUACACAACAUGAAUGAAGAAAAUCUAAACAGAGACCCUGCUUAGGCUUAUAGCAUUGAUGUAAGUUGCCAUGAAAUAGGUGUUCAGAACAAUAUUUUUCUCCAUUUACUAAAACUAAAGAGGGGUAUAGGUGAUGCACUCAUGUGGGCAUAGCUUUCAAAAGUCACAUGGUAGAGUAGCUGUUGGUGGUGAAGAAGCCUUCUGGACACUGGGGUAGGCAGGAUCAGCAAGGUGUGUGCUGUGGUUGAACUCAAGCACUCCUCUCCCAGAGAUAAAGGCCCAAUCAAGAUUUGAGCCACUGUAGAUAGGGGACCAUUCAGGGAAGCAGCUGCAGUGCAUUGUGGGAACAUCCUGUCUACUCAGUGCCAUGUUCAAUACAAUCCCCCGCUCUGGCUCUGUCUGCUGUAGUUUUGGAAUAU